AAGAUCGAGUACUGCAAGAUUAAGUACGUGCCUUCGAUGGUGCUGUCAACGUUGCGCGACCUCCAGUCGCUGUCGCUGCGUACCCACAACACCGACUGGUCCGCGAUGAACAUGGAGUUCCACCCGGAGAGCUUCCGCGGGUUGACCGAGCUGAAGCGGCUCGAUCUGGCCGACAACAACAUCUGGUCGCUGCCGACGGACGUGUUCUGUCCGCUGUUCACGCUGCGGUACCUCAACCUCACGCGCAACCGGCUGACGGACGUGUCGCAGCUCGGGUUCUCCGACUGGGGCAACGGGCCCACGGCUCCCGGAAAGGCCUGCAACACCGUACUGGAGGUACUCGACCUUUCCCACAAUGAUCUGCUGUCCCUGCCGGACAACGGGCUGUCCUCGCUUCGGUCACUCAGUGUGCUGAUGCUUCAGGACAACCUCCUGACGGCCCUAGCCGACCGGUCUUUUGUUGGGCUCGGCUCGCUGAAGGUCCUCAACAUGUCCAGCAACAAACUGGUGGCUUUGCCGCCCGAGACGUUCCAGUCGACCCGGGAACUGCGCGAAAUCUAUCUCCAGAACAACUCGCUGUCCGUGUUGGCCCCGGGUCUGCUGGAGGGACUGGACUGGCUCGAGAUCCUGGACCUGUCCCACAACGAGCUGACGUCCGAGUGGAUCAACCGGGACACGUUCGCCGGGCUGAAGCGGCUCGUGGUGCUCGAGAUUAGCCACAACGCGCUGACCAAGAUCGACCGGCACGUGUUCCGGGAGCUGUACAGUCUGCAGAUUCUCAAUCUGGGCUCGAAUCGGAUCGAAUCCAUUGCGGACAAUGCGUUCAGCGACCUGAAGAACCUGGUCGCCCUGACGCUGUCUCACAAUCGGUUGAAGCGCAUCGAGCAGCACCACUUUUCGGAGCUGUACGUGCUGAACCAGCUGUACGUCGCGUCGAACGUCAUCGAGUCAAUCCACGGGCGGGCGCUCGAGAAUCUGACCAACCUGAACGACCUCAACCUCAAUGACAACCGGCUGAAGGAGAUCCCGGAGGGGUUGGGUAAGUUGCGGUUCCUGAAAUCGCUCGACGUGGGCAAGAACCACAUCAGCACGGUGAACAACGCGUCGUUCGAGGGCCUCGAGCAGCUGCUUGGUCUCCGGUUGGUCGAGAACCGAAUCACCAACAUUUCGCGGGACGCCUUCGUGACGCUCUCGUCGCUACACGUGCUCAACCUCGCGUCGAACCAGAUCCGGCACAUUGACCAGUCGGCGUUCAGCUCGAACCCGACUCUGCGUGCCAUCCGGCUGGAUGCGAACGAGCUGGAGGACAUUAGCGGCGUGUUUACGUCACUCCCGGCACUGGUGUUCCUGAACGUUUCGGACAACCAGAUCCGCAUCUUCGACUACUCGCACUUCCCGACGUCCCUCGAGUGGCUCGAUAUGCACCAGAACAACAUCAGCGAGCUGGGCAACUACUACGACCUGAACAAUCUGCAGAUCAAGAUGCUGGACGUGUCGUUCAACCGGCUGACGGCGGUCGACGCCAAAUCGAUCCCGGACAGCAUCGAGACGCUGUUCCUGAACAACAACAUGCUGGAGACGGUGGCCGCCGGUACGUUCCUCAGCAAGCGUAACCUCGAGAAGGUGGUCCUGUACGGGAACUACAUCCGCAAACUGGAGAUCGGCGCCCUGGCAUUGACCCGUGUCGGUGAUGACCGGGAGGUGCCGCUGUUCUAUCUGAGCGACAAUCCGAUUCACUGCGACUGCACGAUGGAGUGGCUGCAGGGGAUCAACAAGCUGGCCCACCUGCGGCAGCACCCGCGCGUCAUGGAUCUGGACACGGUCAUGUGUACGAUGGAGCACGAGCGGGGUGCCAGCAUUCGGCCGCUGAUGGACCUGAAUGCGAACGACUUCCUGUGCCGGUACGAGACGCACUGUUUCGCCACCUGUCACUGUUGCGACUUUGACGCGUGCGACUGCAAGAUGACGUGUCCGGAGCGGUGCAGCUGCUACCACGACCACACGUGGAAGACCAACAUCGUGGACUGUGGGGCGGCCGAUUACACCGAGGUACCGGAGCACAUCCCGAUGGACGCGUCCACCAUCUAUCUGGAUGGAAACGAACUGCAGCAGCUCGGGAGCCAUCAGUUUAUCGGCAAGAAGAAACUGGAGGUGUUGUACCUGAACGGGAGCAACAUCCGGAACGUGCACAAUCGCACGUUCAGUGGUGUGCCGAGCUUGAGGGUGCUCCACCUGGAGGGAAACUUCCUGCCGGAACUGCGGGGCUACGAGUUCGAUCAGCUGACCAACCUGAACGAGCUAUACCUGGACGGGAACGCGAUCGGGUUCGUUGGGGAGCGCACGUUCGAGAGUCUGCGCUUCCUGGAGGUGGUCGAUCUGAGUGGCAACCGGAUCAGCGAGUUCCGGCCGUGGCAGGCGUUUGCGGCGGCCCGUGAAACCGGCUCCUUGACGCGGGUUUCGCUCGGUGGGGCUCGGUGGCGCUGUGACUGCGAGUCGCUCCGUCGGCUGCAGCGCUGGAUCCGUGAGGUCACCGGCGAUUUCGACCUGAGCCGUAUGGUAUGCACCGACAGCCGGGUGGUGGCCGAUGCACUCGGGAGCUGUGAGAACCGCCUGGACUACGAGGUUGCUGGGGGUGUCGGAGUUGGCGUUGGUGUCGGAGACGAAGAUGGAGCCCCGCCGACCGUGCACCGGACAGUGCUGAUGGGUCACGGACUGAUCGGGGGAGGGUACGUGCCACUGUUGGCCGCCGUCGUCGUUGCCAUCAUCGGCACGGCCCUCAUCGUGGCGUUGGCCUGCGUGUUCCGGCAGGACGUCCGGCUGUGGGCUCACGCCCGGUACGGGGUGCGUCUCGUGAAGGACCCGAUCAUCGUGGCGAGUAAGGAGGACACGGACAAACUGUACGACAGCUACGUGGUGUACAGUGUCCACGACAACGAGUUCGUUGGGCGGCUUCUCGGCGCCGAACUGCAGCUCUACGGGUACUCCGUGUGUCUCCACCACCGCGACGUCCACCCGGGCGCAUUCCUGGCCGACUCGCUCCAGAGCGCGGCAGACGCAGCCCGCAAGGUGAUCCUGGUGGUGUCGAUGAACUUCCUGCAGAACGAGUGGUCCCAACCGCAGUUCCGGGUUGCGCUCCAGUCCGUCAUCGAGAAUGUGCGGCCGGCUUAUCGGCGGCACAAGAUUGUGAUCGUGCUGACGGCUCCGGUCGAGAUUGUCGCUCUCGAUCCGAUCAUGAACCUGCUGAUCCGCACUUGCACCGUGGCGUGUUGGGGGGAGCGCAAGUUCUGGGACAAGCUGCGGUACGCGCUGCCGGACGUCAGCAAGGACCGGACGCCGAAGAAGCUGGGUGACAUCACGCGCAGCCCCAACCUGCGCUACACGCCCGCCCCGACGUCGCUCGAUCAGUGGUGCAAGAUCCAGAGUCCCUCGCUGGGGGGCUGCCAGGGUGACGCGGCGGCCAUGAUGCCGGGCGGAGGCGGUGGUCCCGGGCACAUCAUCGCACCGGCCCCGCCCGGGUCGGUGGCCAUCCCGCAGAGCACACCGUCGCAGAGCACCUGCAACACGGAGGACGAAUCGUCGUCCGCGUCAUCGCAGCACUACGAAGCCCCGAUGAGUCAGCACUACAACAUGAGCCGCUCCAGUGCCUCACUCGGGCACGUGUACUCCACGAUACCCGAGACGCCCCAGAUGGGUCGCAACGGCAGAGCUUAUUUCGUGUAA